AUGCCAACCAUGAUUAUUACGGGCAGUUUGAAAAUUAUGAAAACGGCGAUUAUCGCAGUGUUCAAGUUUGAGCCAGUAAGGACGGAAAUGGGAUUGAGGAAAAAUUUAAGUGAAAACACUCCGUUUUAUGGUGAAAUGAAAGAAAAAGCCAAAUCAGCCCGUAAGAUAACCAAAGAGACAGGGAGUGUAGGAAACUUAUUAGGUUAUUCACCAGAAAAACACUGUUGUAAUUGUCAUAGGUCAAUUGACGAGAGAAGCGGUUAUUUUCAUUGUAAAAAUUGUAAUGUCGAUUUUUGUAGUUCGGAGUGUAAAGAAAGACAAGAAAGUCGGAAAUGCAAAAACACAAUCGAAUACAUUCCUAGUAAUUUAGUGAAAAACAAUAACCUAUCACCUGAUUUAGCCCAAGAAAAUCACGAAUUAAAACAGCAGUUAGCGGAAGUUCAAAAGCAAUUAGCCCAAGUUUUAGAAGAAUUAAAAAAGUUCAAAAGUAAUUCAAGUGGUAAGGAUAACAAAAAACUAGACCAACAAAUAGCCCAAAAUCAGAAGUUAAUUGAAAAUGGUGAAAAAGUAUCCCAAGCCGAGGUUAAAGAACAAGUUCAAAAGUCCCAGGCUUUAUUAAAAGAAGCCAGCGUUGGCGUUGUCUCAACCAAAGAUAAUAGUUCUGGUUCACUUCUUUAUGUAAUUGGUGGUUCUGUUGUGGUUAUUGGUCUAUUGGCAAGUUGA